GAGAUUCUUCGCGCGCUGCAUGGGAAGUCUUCGGAGGGGGCCCUGCGCCCGGCCUGCGCUGCUCGCUCGACGGCCAAACCUAGCCCCGGCCCUGCUGCUAGGGAUUCUCCUGUCGACUGACGAGCGUCGCCACGAUCUAUCUGCCGUACUACCCCCUCCCCUCCCCUCCCCCCGAGCUGUCAGACGAGAUCUGCUCCACUAUGCGCAGCGCGAGAUCGCACGUAGAAUUGAAUCGGCUCGUCCAGCCAUCGCCGACGCCAUCGCCAUUUCGGUUCGCGAACCCUAACGCUACGACAAUUUUGUCUCGGACAAGAGCCGUACGGCGUCCAGCUCUCUGAGAAAUUAGUUCCCCUGCUCGCAGCUCCGUCGUAGAUCACAAAUCCAGCUCUCGUAAAGACAUGAAUAUUACCUGCUGCUGGCAUUUCUCGAAGAAUUGAGAGAAUUCUCUGCCGGACCUGGACCUGGACUUGUGCCAGGGAGUCUGCUUUCGUUUCUGGUUUAGCCUCGUGCUUCUGUAUUGCCGGCGGCUUGUGUGGGCGGGCGAGGUAGAUUUCGAGCUUUCGGAGUUUGUCGGAUUUGGAAUGUUGGUCAAUUGAGACUCGGGUGCUGGCUGUGAUACGUGAGUUGGGCGGGAGGAAUUUUCCAUCGAGAGGCAGAAGAGAAGGGGGAAGUGCCUGCAGGGUUCAUUGAUAAUUCGUACGAUUGAUAAUUGUCGACAGGAGACUGCGAUGAAGUUUUUGUUGGAGACGUGGAGUGCUGGAGCUCGAGCUGGGUUGCUUAUGUUUGGCGAGCUGCAAUUGGAAACCCCCUGCCUGCUAAUGGUGACAAAAAAAGGUCUGCCAGCGCACAUCACUCAUGAUUUACUCGAAAACGUGCUUCCUGAUGCAGGCGCUCUGCAAAUCAGCCCAAUUCACUUUUUGGAGAGUCCUCCACCAAGUAUCGUGGCUUCGGUCGGAGGAGUGCAUAAGCUGCUCUCCCUGCAGAGGCGCGUCGUCGUUGGCAUCGCCCGUGAUAGCUUUGGCCAAGAAGCUGACGGCUUGAAUGGCACCAAGUUUGGAGCUGCUUUCGAAACUUCCUCCGGACGCCGCGUGGUAGGGCCCAAGAAGUACAUGGAAGCUAUCAAUGCAUUGCGGCCAGAUCUAUGGGCGACACUGCCUGAUGAAGUUCCCGCCUGGGCUACGACUAAACGACAUCGGAUGUCAGUUGACCGAACACUCCGGUGGCUAGACGAUUGUCUCACGUUGAAUGCUGUUCAGGACAACUCUGUGCUGGGCGUUGUCGUUGGCGGUUCCAAUGUUGAAGAGCGCAAGCGAUCUGCGGAAGCUACAGCGCGUCGUAAUGUCUCAGGCUUUUCUCUGGGAGGAUUCGGACUUGGUGAAAUUCCUCAAGAAAGAGCGGCUUUAUUGAAGUCUACUAUUGCAUACUUGCCCGAAGAGAAGGUACGACAUGUCAGCGGCCUCGGAAUGCCUGAGGAGGUGCUGGAGGGAGUGGCAGCCGGGAUUGACCUUUUCGAUAGCACAUAUCCCCACAGUCUCACCAUGAAGGGCUUUGCAAUGACCUUUCCCCUCUGGAUGGAGCAGCAAAAUGGUUAUCAUCCACUUUCUGAGGAAGAACAUGCAGCCGACAUGGAUUUGACCAAGAUUGACUUGCACUCUGCGGUUCACAGGUGCGAUGUCAAUCCCAUUGUGAAAGGGUGCAAGUGCUAUUCAUGUCGCAAGCACACGCGAGCGUACAUCCAUCAUCUACUAAACGUUCACGAGAUGCUGGCACAAACUCUUUUAGACAUCCACAAUUAUCAUCACUACUUUAGUUUUUUUCGGGCCAUCAGAACGUCCAUUGCAAUGAAUAAGUUUCAAGCAUUCAGAGAAUGGUUCAUGAGUAGACGGAGGUAUAUUGCCGGGGCCGAUGCCAUAAGUUCCAAACAAUCAGAUGAUCUCCUGGUUGCAAAAAAUGUUAUAAAUCAUCAAAUCUCCACUUAAUGAACUUGAACGAUGUAUGGUCAGUUGUCUAGGUGUCCUGUGAAGGCCUGUGGAUGUUGUCUGUUUGCCAUUGCUUGUUGUGCGGCAGGAACUUAGUUUGUUGUUCGCGUUAUGAUCGGUCCGCCAAAAAUGUACAUGCUUGUAAACCUUCAACU